GGUUGCAUGGCGCUCACUUGGGGCGGCGGGAGGGGGCCGCAGGUUGACUAUUGGCGGACGCGGGCUCCGAGCUCCAACUGAGUAUGCGCACAAGCGGCCCCUGCAACCCAGUAGGCAGCAGUGCCGGAGUUGGUUCCGAAGCGGAAGUAUUUUCUUGGGGCUAGUUCUUGCAACGGUCUCCUCUGCGGAGAGCAGAACAUCUGUUGUCGAGAGAGAGAAAGAGAGCACAGUGACCUGCGCUAAGGGGUCAUAGCACCCUUUAGGCCCCUCCUCAGGUGUGCCCCCACUCUCCCUUUGCCCAAGCCCCGAGGUAGGGGCCUGGUGUCAGUGUUCCAGCUGAGGUGAAUCUGCACCUGAAGGCUUCCUUCUGGUUCCUGGGCAAGACGGCCCCAGUGAGAUUAAUUAGAAAAUAAAAGAAAGUCAAAAGGAACUAACUUUAUCCCCCUAACAUUUAAAUGUCCAUUCUUAUCAGAGCUCAGCCUUCACACAUCUGCCUUUUCCCAAGAAGAGCAGGAAAUGGCCAAAGCCCAGGGACUCGUGACAUUUGAGGAUGUGGCUGUGGAUUUCACUCAGGAGGAGUGGCAGUACCUAAACCCUCCACAGAGGAUCCUGUACAGGGGCGUGAUGAUGGAGACCUACAGAAACCUGGUCUUUGUGGCAGGGCAGCAGGCUACCAAACCAGACCUCAUCCUCAAAAUGGAGGUAGAAGAGCCGUACCUUGCAGAAGAUAAAAUCCCAAUUUGGAGCUGUCCAGAAGAAGCCUGCCAAGUUGAACAGAUUGAGAGACAGCACCAGGAUGAUGAAGAUAAAUAUCUGUUGAUGCAAAUUGGAUUCCCCAACAAGAAUGCAAUUACCACCAAGGGUGAACAUGACUAUAAUGAAUUUGGAAACACACUUUAUCUGACUGCAAACCUUGCUGCUUCAAUACAAAGACCCCAUAAACAUGAGCCAUUUGGAAAUAAUAUGGUAGGCAAUUUAGACUUAUUUAGUAGAAGCUCUUUAGUAAAGAAACAUGAUGGAUGUACAAAAUUGUUAUUCCAUACUGAAUAUGAGAAAACAACUCCUGGAGUGAAAACUUAUGGAUAUAAAGAGUGUGGGAAGACCCUCAGGCGAAAGAAAGGUCUUAGUCUGCAUCAGAGAAUUAAAAAUGGAGAGAAACCUUUUGAGUGUACUGCAUGUAGGAAAACCUUCAGCAAGAAGUCACACCUCAUUGUACAUUGGAGAACUCAUACAGGAGAGAAACCCUUUGGAUGUACCGAAUGUGGAAAAGCAUUCAGCCAAAAAUCUCAACUCAUUAUACACCUAAGAACUCAUACAGGAGAACGACCCUUUGAAUGUCCAGAAUGUGGAAAAGCCUUCAGAGAAAAGUCAACUGUCAUCAUACAUUACAGGACUCAUACAGGAGAGAAACCUUAUGAAUGUAAUGAAUGUGGAAAAGCCUUCACUCAGAAGUCAAACCUCAUUGUCCAUCAGAAAACCCACACAGGAGAGAAAACUUAUGAAUGCACUAAAUGUGGGGAAUCUUUCAUACAAAAGCUGGACCUAAUUAUACAUCAUAGUACUCAUACAGGAAAGAAACCCCAUGAAUGUAAUGAGUGUAAGAAAACUUUCAGUGAUAAGUCAACUCUCAUUAUACAUCAGAGAACUCAUACGGGAGAGAAACCUCAUAAAUGUACUGAAUGUGGGAAGUCUUUCAAUGAGAAGUCAACUCUCAUUGUGCAUCAGAGAACUCAUACAGGGGAGAAACCCUAUGAAUGUGAUGUAUGUGGGAAAACCUUCACCCAAAAGUCAAAUCUUGGUGUACAUCAGAGAACUCAUUCUGGAGAGAAACCAUUUGAAUGUAAUGAAUGUGAGAAAGCAUUCUCUCAGAAAUCCUAUCUCAUGCUACACCAGAGAGGUCAUACAGGAGAGAAACCCUAUGAAUGCAAUGAGUGUGAAAAAGCAUUUUCCCAGAAAUCAUAUCUCAUUAUACAUCAAAGAACUCAUACAGAAGAAAAACCCUAUAAGUGUAAUGAAUGUGGCAAAGCCUUCAGAGAAAAGUCAAAGCUCAUUAUACAUCAGAGAAUUCACACAGGAGAGAAACCCUAUGAGUGUCCUGUAUGUUGGAAAGCUUUUAGCCAGAAGUCACAACUCAUAAUACAUCAGCGAACCCACACAGGAGAGAAACCGUAUGCAUGCACUGAAUGUGGCAAAGCCUUUAGAGAAAAAUCAACAUUCACUGUACACCAAAGAACUCAUACUGGAGAGAAACCCUACAAGUGUACAGAAUGUGGGAAAGCUUUUACCCAAAAAUCAAACCUUAUUGUACAUCAGAGAACACAUACAGGAAAGAAAGCCCAUGGGAAAGGCCACAGUCGGAAGUCAAAGCUCAUUGCACAUUAGAUAGUAAAUCAAUAGUGUCUGUUAUGUUUCCUAAAGGAAACUUUUGUUAGUUAACAUUUUUUAAAGUAUGUCAUGACUUCUGGUUUAAAUAUAGGGAAUAAAGUCAGCCUUUUUUUUUUCUUUUAAUCUCAGUCUUCACUCAAAAGUUGUAGGGAGAAAAAGAAGCAGAAGUAUACUCUCUGUUACUGACAAAGUUAGCUGAAACCCUGAUGAGAGGGUUGCCACUGGCAGAUGUGGGAGAUCUCAGAGGAGAUAGAAUGCUCAAGGCUGCAGGUAUGAGACAGUACUGGUAAGGACUCUUAGUUGAGGUUCAGCAUACACCCUGAGUACAGCACAAUAUACUGCAACAGCAGUAAACCAGAGCAUGGGUAACUGGGAAGUAGGAUGUUUCCUAUACCCAUUUGGGGUCUGAAGAGUGACAGGCAGGGGCCUUGUCAAGGAAUUGCUCAAUCAUAUUUAGCAGAAACUAGUCUGUGGUAAUCAGAGGAGCAAUUGAUGGUGGAUGGGCCAAAAGAAGGGAGUGUUCCUUGUGAUGAACCCUACAGCUGCCCCUAUUUACUGACUCCAGAGAAGUCAAGUAUGAAAGAACUACCAAAUGGGAAAAAAAUCCCAGUUGUAAGAAAACCUCCAAACUGCUUUAAAUGAGGACCUGGCUUCAUUUCCCAAGUGAACCUCCAGCAAACAUCAAUUCCAGGAAAAACUUACUCAAAGAGGAAUGAUUCCACAGUGAUCAAAACCAGAAAUGUAGUUGGGUUUUCAGUGAUCUCACUUCUAGGAAUGCAUAUACUCAUGCAUGUAUAAAAUGAUGAACACACAGAGGUAUUCAUUGAUGUACUAUUUGCAAAAACAAAAGGUUGGGAAGCUAUUUAAAUGACCACACCAGGGGUCUGGCUCCUGAAAUCCUGAUAUGUUAAUGUAACAAACUCCUAGGUAGACAAAAAUAAAAUAUAUAAAGAAAACUUGGACACCAUUUACAUAGUGAUGUGGGAUGAUCACCAACAUAUAUUAUUAGGUGGUAAAAGCAAGGUGCAGGAUAGUGAAUAUAAUGUGCUACCAUUUGUAUAUAAAAAGAAUAUGUGGUAAGUGAAUAAUUCAGAGUGUAUGCAUAAACUGUCCCUGGAAAGAUACAUGAGAAGCUGGGAAACCAUGACUACAGCUGGGAAAGAGAAGGGGAAGUGGGUGGCUGGGGGGAUGGAAUUGGGAGAUAACUGUAUAUCCUUUCAUAACUUUUGAAAAUUGUACUAUGUGAAUGUACUGCCAUUUCAAUAAAUAAGCUUUC